GGCGGGGCUCAACCUGGCCGCUGGAGUUUAGUCCCCGAGCGGUUGCGGGGGAAGCUCUGUCUAUCGCCCGGGCUCCGGCAGCCGUGUCGGGUGGGAUUCUGAUCACCAUGGGGACAGAGGCGAGAACCGGGAGGAGAGAGUUGCUUCUCUUCACAUCGGUCAUCCUGUGCUGCCUGGCGUUGGGCAGGGGUGCCGUGUACACUUUGGAACCUGAAGUCCGAGUUGCUGAGAACAAACCCGCCAAGUUGUCCUGCUCCUACUCCGGCUUCUCCUCUCCCCGUGUGGAGUGGAAGUUUGCCCAAGGGGACGUCACCAGCCUCGUUUGCUAUAACAACAAGAUCACAGCUUUCUAUGAGGACCGAGUUACCUUCUCACACAGUGGCAUCACUUUCCAUUCCGUGACCCGGAAAGACACAGGGAUGUAUACGUGUAUGGUCUCGGAUGACGGCGGGAACACCUACGGGGAGGUCACUGUCAAGCUCAUUGUGCUUGUGCCUCCAUCCAAGCCUGCGGUCAACGUCCCCUCCUCUGCUACCAUUGGGAGUCGGGCAGUGCUGACUUGCUCAGAGAAAGAUGGCUCUCCCCCUUCUGAGUUCUACUGGUUCAAGGACGGGGUCCUGAUGCCUACGGAGCCCAAGAGCAACCGUGCCUUCAGCAAUUCUUCCUAUAGCCUGAAUCACAAGACAGGGGAGCUGGUCUUCGAUCCCGUGUCAGCCUCUGAUACUGGAGAUUACAUGUGUCAGGCGCAGAAUGGGUAUGGUUCCCCCAUGAGGUCAGAUGCUGUGCACAUGGAAGCCGUGGAAUUGAAUGUGGGGGGCAUCGUGGCGGCUGUCCUUGUCACACUCAUUCUCCUUGGAGUCUUGGUUUUGGGCAUCUGGUUCGCCUAUAGACGAGGCUACUUUGACAGAGCAAAGAAAGGGACUUCGAGUAAGAAGGUGAUUUACAGCCAGCCCACGGCUCGCAGCGAAGGGGAGUUCAGGCAGACCUCGUCAUUCCUGGUGUGACCCUGGUCCGGCUCGUCUCCUGUCCCCUGUGCUUGCCUUACGCUGGUGCUACCAGACUCUGGCCCGUGAUGUCUGUACUUUCACAGGAUGCCUUAUGUGUCUUCUAGCCCCCACAGUGGUCCCCACUUUUAUCGUAGUUAGGAUGUGUUUUUUAAUAAUGUCGGCUGUGUACCCCUUCCUCCUGCAUCCCUCCCCUCCUUUCCGACCAGUGCUGAGUGGCCUGGGACUUGUUUAAAGCUUUCAUCCCCCAUCCCUAUGAGGGAUCAGGCAGCAGUCCUGACUGCCACCCAUUGACUUCUUCCAAGCAGGCGGCUGCCGUGGCGGGCGCUCCCCAUGCCCUGUGAGUCGUGCCCUGAGUAAUGAUCUUGAGCGUUGUCCCUCAGCCCCUUCCUCCCAUGCUAAGGAGGUAGCAGCUGUUCCGGAGUGGGGACUGGAGCCCAGGCAGCUGAAAAGGUGGUUUGGGGACCAUGCCAAGUCUCUCCUGCCUCUGCAGCCCACUUUGUUCUGUCUUCCCAUGGGAAGUGCCGCUGGGGUCCUCUUGCACGGUCCUUAACACAAGCAGACUGACACCAGCUGCGUCUGUAGGAAAAAAAAAAAAAAAGACCCAGGAGCUUUUGUGAGGGAGGGCGGAGUGAGCUUUCGGGGGACAUGGAGCAGAAGAGUUUUAAAACCGCUGGUCUAAAGCAAAGGAAGCUGGAGCUGGCAGCUCAAACCAUCACCCUUGGCUGCAACCACUGGAGGGACGCCGUGGAGAUACACCUGCAGGGCUGUGCGAGUGUGUGUAGUAGGUCUCAGCUCUUUGCUGAGUGUGAGCGUGUGUGUGUGUGUGUGUGUGUGUGAUGUCCUCGUGUCUCAGUUCUGCUGAAAUCCAGUGUGUGUCGGAGGGCUUCUUAGCUCUUCGGUGAGAUUUUGUUGGUGUGUGUUUGUAUGUAGCUGGAUGUUGCUGGAAAUAAAAACUUGGUUUGUCAAAGCUUCUUGUUGUGGGAAGUGGGGGAAAUGAGGUUCCUGGGCUCCUUUGUACAAACAGGAAGAUGCCUGAAGCUCCAUUUCCCUGCAACCUGGGUUGGUCCUGGCUCCGUGUCCCACCCUUCCUGGUUCCUGUCUCAAGGUGGAGCGUCUGAGCAUUGGACCCUCAUUCUAGAGUCCUCUUGGCAGUAGGAGGAGAGCCUUCUGGAGGAGCCCCCUCCCCCCAGCUGAGGCUGUGCUCAGGGGUUCCGCUUGGUCUGAUACACCGAGCGAGAGGAGAAGGUGCCCACCCUCCCACCUCUGCCAACCAGAUGCCUUAGCAGACUUCUCUAAGGCUGUGGGAAAACUGCUCCAGAGCCCGAGGCAGGAGGAUUCCUCAAACCCUUUGGAGAACUCCUUCUUUAGUGGUAGUUUAAUAAUUACUACUUUAUAUUUUAAAGCGGGGUGGGGGGAGGGGGAUGUGCUAUUUAAGGAAAAGACAGUUUGAGACCAGGUUGUGAGGCUGUCUGCAUGGGAGUGAGCAGGAGUAAGCAAGGUGGGCUUGCCUUUCAUUGCUUUCCUCUGUCCGUCUGGACCCUUUUUUGCCCUUAGAUUUCUGUUUUCCCCAUCUAUCACAGCCCCCAGUCUAUUUAUUAACUAGCAAGAGGGCAAAUGAGGGGUUUUCUAGGGCAGAUUUUGCUGCUUGCUUUCUGUGGAGGACGCUGAGCCCCACUUGCCAUGUUUUAUUCCCUUAUCUGGAAAUCCCUAACAGAAUCGAGUGUUCUAUCAAGAAUCCAAAAGGAAAAACAAAACCAACCAAACCAUCAGUUAAGGGUCAUGCACCAAUUAAAAAAUAAAUAUUCCAGAUGGAAAUAAAAUUUAAUGAAACAAUAAAAGUGGAGAUUAUGAAACGGUUCAGUAAGAAGGAGAUUUUUAAAGUAUGUUUCAGUUUUGUAUCCUGCUUGGGAGAUCGGGUGGGAGGGAUGUAGAGAAAACACCGCAGGGAAGCGGGGGUGAUUCACUGUUCCUUUAAGUCUGAGGUGAAUGGUUCCUCACUCCCUCAGUCACUGUGGUGAGGUGAGUAGGAGUCUUUUAUGACCAGUCUUGGAAUUUACCUCUGCAGCUUACCACAGCCCCUUUGAGUUGGAAAACGCCUUGUCUGUUUUCAUUUUGAAAUGUCAAAACUCAUUUUUGUAAUAAAUGUUUAUUUUUCA